ACGCACACGAACCGGGGGAGUGAGCGGGUCAGCAGUGCAUGCGGGCCCAGCCAGUUGGGUUCGUGCCUUGCAGGACUCGAUAAUAAUAAUCUCGCUCUGUUUUUGCUGUUUGGCUUUUCGUUUCCGAGCGGGGGUUUUUUGGCGGACCCAUCCCAGCCCAUGGCGUCCUCCUCCCAGUCGGGGCUAACUAGUACAUUCACCCACGAGAUCGUUCUCAGCCCGCCCGAGCUCGGACACAGGCACAGCAGCUACGGAGGAUCCGCUGACGGCCGUAAAAGUGGCGCCGGCCGUGGCUCGGCCGCAGCCGCAGCCGAAGCCGCAGAAUCACCGGGCCUACUAGCAACCUGGCAGCUGCAGGUGCGACCCGAGCCCGGUUGCGGCACGGAACACGGUUCGCCGGCGGUGUCGGUGUCAGUGUCAGCAGCCACACCCUCGCCACCAAUAGCAACAACGCAAGAACUGAAGGGCGAGAAUGAUCAUGCCGACGGUGUCCCGGACGCCGACACGCCGGCAAGCAGCAACGACGCCGCUACGGGCUGCGCUUCCAAAAGGCGCAAGACCAGCCGCGGAUCGCGCGGCGUGGCCAACCUGACGCCAGAGCAACUGGAGAGAAAGCGAGCCAAUGACCGCGAGGCACAGCGUGCCAUCCGUGAGCGCCAGCGCGCCCAGAGGAUGCGCUAUGAACAGGAGAUUGCCGAGCUCAAGUCGCAGCAGCCGUAUCAGGAGCUGCAGGGCGUGCUGCGGCAGAAGGAGGCCGUGGAGGCCGAGCUGGCUGACAUGAAGAGCCGCCUGGCUACUAUCGUGGGUAUGAUGCAGCCCCUCCUUGCGAGGCCUGCUCCUGGUGCGGAUGGCUCCCCGUCUACACACACCACCUCCACCACCACCACGGCACGAACGGCCCACAAUCCCGGAUCGACGCCGACGAGUGCCACCUCUCCCGGGUCGGUUGGAACCCACCACGGCCGGUGGCGGAGCAGUCCGUCGCCCGUCGCAGGCCCGCGGAGCCUGGACGGGCCGUCGGAACUAGAGGUGCUCCAGCAGCAGCGCCAUGAUCUCGUCCACGGGUUAGAACUGGGUUCCGAAAGACUGGCGUUCGAUUUCCUGAUCGAUUCGAAGGUCAAGGUCACCACCGUCCAGAGGGGCGUACACGGCGCCCAAGACUCGCCCCAGUUCCGCCACGUGCCCAUGAAGCACGAACGGUCGUCCACCAUCUCCAUGAUCGCCAACCCGCAGACGCAGCAACAACAGCAACAACAGGCGCAGUCCCCCAUGUCCCCCCUGCCGAGCUUCUCCGCAGCUGCAGCAAACCUCUCGCUCUCUACGCCCGCCACCCCCGCCACCCCCGCCGCCUCCGCGGUCGCCGAAGCCCCGGUCUACGCCAUGCUGCCCCGCAGCUGCCCGGCAACCUGCCCGCUCGACUCGAUCCUCCUCGACUUCCUCGCCGAACGCCGGCAGCGUUUCGCCGAGGGCCUGCCGCCCACCGAGAUCGUCGGUCCGCGGUACCCGUCGGUCUCGUCCCUGCUCAACCCGACCGUCUCGGCCUUCGCGCACCCGCUCUCGAAGGUCUUCACCGACAUCCUCGCCCGCUUCCCGGACCUCUCGACCCUGCCGGAGCGCGUGGCCGUGCUGUAUCUCAUGUUCCUCGUCAUGCGCUGGCAGGUGCACCCGACGCGCGAGAACUACCUGCGCAUGCCCGAGUGGAUCCGACCCUUCCGCGUCCAGCUGGAGCGGGACCACCCGGCCUGGUUCGACUACGUGCCCUUCCCCAAGAUGCGGGAGAAGCUGGUGCGCGAGUACGAGGUGUGCGACUUCCCGUUUGACAACUUCUUCAUCCCGUUUACGCGGACGCUGAGUCUGAACUGGCCGUACGAGGAGGCCUACGUGCUGCUAGCGGAUCCGCACAGCGACGAGCUGGUCAUGAAUCCCGUGUUUGAGCAGCAUGUCAAGGUGCUGGCGAAUUGGACGGUGGGAGAGGCGUUUGAGAGGACGUUUCCUGCCCUGACGGGGUUGAUUAAUGUCAAGAGGGCGACUUGACGUCUCGUCCCCACAGGGGGGGAAAGGGAUGGGUUCUGGUUCUGGAUAAUGCACGAUAUACGAAGAUAAAGACGGCGUAUAGUUGUGGGUACAUCAGGUAUAUAUACCAGACUAACAUGUAAUAUGGUUAUAAAUUGCGUACAGUACAGCAGUCUAGACAAAGGUUGUAUACACACGCACACACACACAUGUAUA